UAUGUCAUCUAUUUCUUUUUUAUGCUUGCUUUCCCUAUUUCCCAUGCUUUCCAAUUCAUCUUCUAACAAGAACAAAGAAUCAACAGCUUGAAGUGAACUCAGCUGAGUGCUGACCCUUUUUCUUUGUUUCUUCGUUGUGAAUUCCAAUGCAGAUUUUGAUAUGGUCGUACUUCGAUCUCUUGAUUUUUUUCAUGUUAAUCGCGGUAGUGUUGGCCGCUGAUCCUUAUUCAGAUGCUUUGUUGAGCUUAAAAUCGGAGAUUAUUGAUGAUUCCAAGAGUUUGGAUGAUUGGAAAGUGCCUUCCGAGGGAAAUAUUUCUGGGAAAAUACUUGCAUGUUCUUGGUCUGGUGUUGAAUGCAACGAAAAUUCCACCAUUGUUACAAGCUUAAACCUUUGUAUGAAGAAUCUUGCUGGCAAGUUACCCGGAAAGCAACUAGGUGUUUUAACUCAGCUUGCUGGUCUCAACAUCAGUCAAAACUCUUUCUCCGGUGAAAUUCCGGUGGAAAUCUUCAACCUCACGAACCUGAGAAUCUUAGAUAUCAGUGGAAACAACUUUUCCGGCCGGUUUCCGAGGGGAAUCACCAGUAUGAAAAACCUGGUUCAUUUUGAUGCUCUUAGCAACAGCUUUUCUGGGCCAUUGCCGGUUGAGGUUACUGAGCUUGAAUCUCUAAAGGUUCUCAAUUUAGCCGGUAGCUACUUUGAUGGUCCAAUCCCAUCUUCAUAUGGGUCUUUCAAGAGACUUGAAUAUCUCCACUUAGCAGGGAAUUCCCUCACCGGAAAAAUACCGCCGGAGCUCGGGAAUCUCAAAACGGUGACGCAUAUGGAGAUUGGGUACAAUUUUUAUGAAGGGAAUAUACCAUGGCAGUUGAGCAACAUGAGCGAGCUUCAAUAUCUGGAUAUUGCUGGUUCAAAUCUUUCCGGUUCAAUCCCGAGGGAACUCUCGAAUCUAACCAAGCUCGAGUCACUUUUUCUCUUCCGAAACCGGCUCACUGGACCGAUCCCAUGGGAGUUCAGCAGAAUAGUUCCUCUCAUAGACUUGGAUCUCUCUGAUAAUUUGAUUUCUGGGCCAAUUCCUGAGAGUUUUGCAGUGCUGAAGAAUCUGAGAUUGCUUAGUCUUAUGUUUAAUGAAAUGAAUGGCACUGUCCCAGAAAGCUUAGCUGAGCUUCCAUCAAUGGAAAUUCUGUUUAUAUGGAACAAUUUCUUCACUGGAACACUUCCGAAAAACUUGGGGAUGAACUCCAAGCUUAGAUGGUUGGAUGUUUCAAACAAUAGUUUCAUUGGCAGUAUUCCACCUGGUAUCUGUGCAGGUGGUAAGUUGUUUAAAUUGAUGCUCUUUUCAAACAACUUCACAGGCAAUCUGCCACCUUUGUCUAAUUGUUCGUCUCUCGUUCGUAUUCGAGUCGAGGAUAAUUCGUUUUCAGGUGAGAUUCCUUUGAAGUUCAGUAAUUUUCCUGAUAUCACAUACAUAGAUUUGUCCAAGAACAGGUUCACUGGUGGAAUUCCUUCCGAUAUUUCUCGAGCUUUAAAGCUUCAGUAUUUCAGUGUCUCUAAUAAUCCAGAACUAGGGGGAAUCAUACCAGAAAAUACAUGGUCUUUGCCAUUUCUUCAAAAUUUCUCUGCAUCAUAUUGUAACAUCUCAGGGAAUCUGCCUCCUUUUAGAUCAUGCAAGUCCAUUAUUGUCAUCGAAUUGCGAAUGAACAAUAUCUCGGGAUCGAUCCCGAAAAAUAUUUCAGAUUGCCAUUCACUUGAGAUGAUUAACUUAGCUAGCAAUCAUUUAAGUGGUCAUAUCCCUAAGGAGAUUGCUAGUCUUCCUUCUCUAGUUUUUGUGGAUUUGUCUCAUAACGAUCUCAUUGGUUCGAUACCUGUGGAGUUCGGCAAGUCUUCAAGCUUAGUACUUUUGAAUGUAUCAUACAAUGAUAUCUCAGGUACCAUACCUUCGAAAAAAGUGCUGCGAUCAAUGGGUAGAAGUGCAUACAUUGGGAACCCAGAGCUAUGUGGGAAACCUCUGAAAUCAUGUUCAAACCCAAUCAACGGGAAAAAGCUUAGGUUGAUACUGUUGGUAUCUGCAGGAGCAGUCAUACUCAUGGCAGCAAUAAUUUUCGGGCUAAUUUAUCGUCAAAAAGGAAGCAAAGGGCAAUGGCAAAUGAACUCGUUUAUUGGUCUCCCUCAGUUUACUGCCAACGACAUCUUGAGGAGCUUCGAUUGUGCUAAUUCCAUGGAAGAACUGCCACCAUAUUCUGGUGCAUUUUGCAAAGCAGUGCUGCCUACUGGGAUUACUGUGUUGGUGAAAAAGCUAGAAUGGGAACCGAAGAGAGUGAAGGUUGCCUCGGAGUCUAUAACACAACUAGGAAGUGCAAGGCACAUGAAUUUGAUCAGAUUACUUGGUUUUUGCUACAACAAACAGAUGACUUACCUGCUGUAUGAUUACUUGCCUAAUGGAAAUUUAGCUGAGAAGCUGAGAAUGCAAAGAGAUUGGGGUAUGAAGUGCAGGAUUAUGAUCGGAAUUGCAAAGGGACUUUGCUUCCUUCACCAUGACUGUAAACCUGCAAUUCCUCAUGGUGAUCUGAAGUCAAGUAAUGUGAUCUUCGAUGAUAAUUCCGAACCCCGUUUAGCUGAUGUUGGGUUUAAGCAUCUGAUGCAGUUGAUCAAAGGUACAGCUCCAGCAACUUCUAGAUUGGCAGCAGGUGAAUCCAAUGAUUGUAUCAAAGAGGAACUAUACGAAGACAUAUACAACUUUGGGGAGAUAAUUCUGGAAAUACUAAGUAAUGGUAGGUUGAUAAAUGGUGGAGCAAGCAUUCAUGGCAAACCAAAGGAUGUUGUUCUGAGAGAAAUUUACCAUGACAACGAAGCCGAAUCCACCAAUUCAUUGCAAGAAGAAAUAAAAGUCGUUGUUGAUGUCGCUCUCCUCUGCACCAAAAGCAGGGCAGUAGACAGGCCUUCCAUGGAAGAUGUAUUGAAGCUUCUUUCGGGGUUGAAGGCCAAAGGUAAAUGAUAAACACAACUGCUUCUAAAAGGAGAGUUGCGAUAUGGUGUGCUUCACAACCAUGCAUAUACAGUUUGGUAUAUAGGUUUCUGUCAAUUAGAGCAAGUGAAAUAG